UCAGCAACAACAUCAUCCACAACAAAAGCAAACAUCAUUUACCACACAUUGCACGUUUUUACUGUGUUUGCAGUAGCAAUAUUACCUUACUAUCCAAUGUUUUUGUUAUAUUAGAGUCUGAUAUACCACAAACAUGAUAGAGAACCUGUCCAAGAAACGCAUGGUGUUUGGAAUCAGCUGCCUUAUAUUACUAACCAUAGUUGUACUGAUCAUCGAAUCCAAAUGGAUGAAGGCAGGCUCUCGUCGACAGGAGUUUGUGAUCGAGAAUAAUUCCACCUGCUGGCAGCGCGAAACGUACGAAGUGAUCAAGGACUGUCAUCCGUGCACCGCGUUUGAGAUUGCGAGCAAAUCCCAGGGAGUCUGUGUGCAUACACACAACAAAGAGGUACUGAAGUGCAUUGGAGGAGAGAUCGUGACUAGAAGCUGUGACCGGGUGGCGUGGUUGGAUGAACGGCACUACUGGUCGUUCCAAAUUUCACUUUCAAUUGUCGGUACGCUUUCGGCGGCGAUAUCCUUUCUGCGGCAGAAAACGCUUAACCGACGGACUAUGCUAAAGAUUCAGCGAGAACUAGGUGCAUAGGGGAACGAGAAAAAAAAAAAAACACUCGCUUAGCUUCCACAGAUACAAAAAAUAGGAUGAAGCUCUACCUCAAGUACUACUAUCGAGCACCCGGGUCUGUGGAUGAUUCUCUCCACCAUCUGGAUGUUCCGCUCGAAACGUUCGUCGUGCUGGCGCUGUACCGCUACUUAGAAAUUAACCCCUCGAACGUUGUCGUACAUUUUGUGCAAUGCAAAGCAACUUCCAACGUUCUGCGGGUUGUGGUGCCUCGUUCGACAAUCCGCGGCGACCAGUCGGUCAAUUUCAUCGACGCCACGAACACGGUUCCGAACGAUGAACAUCCGGCACUCUUCUGUCAACUGCCCUCGAUCUCGAUCGAGCGCAUCAACACGAUUGUGUCCGGGCUGUGUGGCGUUUGUCGCCGCUUGACGAAGGAACACAUUGCGACGGUAUCGGCAACCUCGGAAGGAUUGCUAGGUUUCAAGGGCAAUACACUGGUAGCACCGGCGGACGCUUCUCUGUGGACAAAGUUUUGUGAAGUUGAUAUAAUACGGUGCGUGGAAGAUUUACUCACAUUGGAACCGGUGGCCAGUAGCCUGCCCCACGAGCUCGGUCAGUUCGAAAGUCAUCUGCUGCAGCCACUGAAAUCACACAACAUCUACAAACUGAUCAAUCUUGUUAACAAUGUGCGCAUAUCAUCGGACGAAGAGCAUCAGAAGCUGGUAGGCGUUGAUCAGCGGUUUGAUUUCCAUGCCAACCACAAGUUUGCGGAAGGGUACGAGAAAACACUGGCCGACCUGAUACUGUUUAUUUGCUUCGAUGUGAUUGAACGCCGGCUGUCGAAGGACUUUUUCCGCAAAAAGUUUCCCAACACUAUGGAGUGGCUAGAGCGCGUGGACAAGGACGACGAUGGCCAGCUGAAACGUGUGUGCAAUGAGGUAAUGCCACACUGGGACGGUCAACCGUCUCCACUACCCUGGUCAAGUUUGGCCGAACUGCAGAUUACCAUCCCGAAGGAAUUUAGUCUGUACAAAUCGGACACGAAAAAGCUCAAUCUGAAGGGCGAUCAAAUACUGACAACUAAUCAAGCGGAGGUGGUUGACAUACUGCGUAAAGUGAGCCGCAUCCCGACCGAUAUUGGCAGCACGGAGAACGAUUGGGAGGCGAACCUGUUCAGCUGGGACACGGUACCGAUGGAUGCGCGACCCGAGGGUGGCAAGUUACCGCCCGCUCGCAUUCUCCGUAAACGGCACCAGCUGGAAAGUUUGGUCAACGAAGUAAUGCAGCUGGCAAACAAUGGCUCAAUCAUUGUGGACUUUUGCUCCGGCACCGGGCAUCUCGGAAUACUGCUGGCCUACCUCUUGCCAGGCUGCACAAUUUAUCUGCUAGAAAACAAGGAAGAAUCGCAACAACGUGCGAUGGAACGCGUGGAAAGGCUUGCCCUGCGCAAUGUGGUGUUUUUCCAGUGCAAUUUGGACUACUUUACCGCUCGCUUCGACAUCGGCGUAUCGCUGCAUGCGUGUGGCGUUGCCACGGACAUCGUGCUGGAGAAGUGUUUCGCUCAACGGGCACACUUUGUCAGCUGUCCGUGCUGUUACGGGAAGCUGUACAAUCUCGAGCAGGUAACGUACCCGCGUAGCAGCCUCUUCCAGCGAUCGGAACUGUUGCUGAGGGAGUACUUCUGCAUAGCGCACUGUGCGGAUCAAACGCAUGAUCUGGCGAGCGAUAGGACGAAUGUGGCGAAAGCUCAUCAGGGAUUUUACUGUAUGGAUGUGAUCGAUCGGGACCGGGCACUGAGAGCGGAAGAGCUGGGGUAUGUGGUGUUGCGCAAGCGGUUGAAGGACGAGACCUGCACGCCAAAGAACCGGCUUUUGGUCGGUAUUUAUGGUGGCGGUAUUUGAAACGUGCGUUGGAACGAUUGUAGUGUACGCUUCGAAAUAAAUGGUAACAUUUUAAUUGUGAAA